AUGGGAAAUGAACCAGUUGAACAGCAGUUCGCCGAACACAAGGAUGGAAGCGGCGAGAAGUACACAAUAAAAAUCUACCCUGAGCCCGAGUGUGCGCCCAAAACUCGCCCUGCCAUCGCAGCUGCUAACGCUGACAACAAGAAGCCGUUCCCGUCAGAAAUGCAGCCCGCCAACGCAGCUGCUUACGCUGAGUACAAGAAGCCGUUUCCGUCAGAAAUCCACCCUGCCAACACAGCUGCUAACGUUGAGUACAACAGGCAUCCGUCAAAUGACCAGCCUGCCCGCGUCCCCGCUAUCGUUGGCUACAAAAAGUUUGCGUCAGGCGACCGGCCUACCAGCACAGCCGCUAAUGUCUUCCCUCUUGCAUUUACAUUCCUGGUAUCCCCAAGGCUC